GCUUCCAAUAGCACUAGUCACUCGCGGGCUUCGCCAUGUCGGCCUCAAAGUUGGAGAAGUCAAUCAACAACCUUGAGAAGCGGCUGAAAGAGGAGUUCCACCAGGAAUUGAAGCGGGAGAUCACCAAAAGCACGGCACAGAUGUCGGCGCGCUUGACGCUGCUGGAGCGGAGACUGAAUUUGAACCAGGUGGAGAUCACGGAGGACGAUUGGGAGAGGGACGAGGCAACUGUGUCCGUGAACCGGCUUGUCGUCUGUCAAGACAUCAACGCUGCAAAGCACGUUCCUGUUCUACCCGCCCCGGCCAAGGGCGAGGCCUGGGAAGACGAGGUUUCGGAGGGCCAGUCUGAAUCGGACAAUGUGGACGAGCCAGUUGCCUUCUUGGAGACGGCGUGGAACCUUGUCCUGGUGUUGGGUCGCACGUCCGCUAGCUGGAGCGACAUUCUGGUCUCCUGCAUUUUGCUAGUAGCCAGUGCCGCGAUGCAAGUCGUCUUCAGCGUUAUCCUGUUGCAGGAGGACUUCUUGGGGGAGCCCUUCGCGAGUCAGAUUGAUAUCGCUACCAGCUGGCGCAGGAAUGUAGCCCACGACUACAAGCACAUGGACCUCGCCCAUGUUAGCUUGGCCUCCCGUGUUUGCAACGGUGACGGCAAGCUGAUUCUGUCCAACGUGCAGGCGGCGCUCUUGUCCCAGAUCAAUUCCUUCUUGGGGAUGGGAAGAUCACAGUUCGAUCCGCCCUGGCUGCAACCUGGGAUUCUGCUCUGCAUCCUUUGCAUUCUUCUUUGGGCACUGUAUCUAUGCAACGAGCUUCGAGCUGUGUGCUUCUCCUUGGAGGCCGUGUCCUACCUGCCGCGCGGCAGGCGCACCAUCGUGGAUGGUGGCCGUUUCCUGCAAAUGUCCUACGUCCGCUACAUGGCCUACUGCUUGAUGCGCUUGGCUCGCCUGGGUAUUGCUGUGGUUCUGCUUUACGCUGGGGUGCUUUGGCUGGCGGGCACCACCUCCAUCACAGACCUCAUCUUGAACGCGGUGGCUUUGUCCGCUAUCCUGGAGGUGGAUGAGAUGGUAUUUGCGGCGCUCAUGCCGAAGAAGGUUCAAAUUAGCAUUCAGGAUCUUGAAGCCAUCAAGGUGAAGUACAGCAAGUUCCGCAGCUCAGUGGAGUCAAUGUUUUUGCUGCUGAUUAUCAUUGCCAUCCUGGCGUGGGCGUACAUCUUUCAGGUGGCCCCGCUGGGGAGAGACAUGCUGGAGGUGAAGAAGCAGAAGACGCGAGCUUUGAACAUUUCUGUGCUUCAGUUUCCAGACGCUGCAAGCCAUCCAGCAAACCUGUACUGUGGUGGACAUCAGGACUUUGUUGUGCAGGUCAACAACAACCUGCAGAUGACUUACGGCCUCAAGACGGAGCCCUUGGGCGUGAAUGGCCAAGGCACCACCACAGAGUUCGUAGUGAGCAAUUGGACAUGGAGCCCAGAAGGUGCCGUAUCGAACUACAUCCAAUUUGAGAUUGACGGUGCAAGCCUUGAUACCUCAAUCGCGAACGAGUGGGAAGAAGUGGCCUCAGUCGACAACCAUUGUUUGGAUUGGGAUGGCGUAUACCUGCGGAACGAGGCGGACGACUAUCAAGAGCUGCAGGAUAUAUUGCGUACCCGCUGGUUCUCCACGUCUCUCAGCCUGGGAAUGAGCCCGGACAGCAAUUGCUCAGAGAUGAGUGCCUACUGUGAGGACUCUGGCAAACGUUUGCUGAAGAAUAUGUGCGCCCGAACCUGUGGUUGCGACUCACCCUACAGUGAUGCCUGGUUCAGGGUUCCAAGGCAUGGCUGCCCCAAUGGGUGCACCUCGAAACUUCGCGAGGAUAUGCAAAAGCGGCCUUGCCAGGAUCUGGAUAUGACUUCACCUGGUUUCGCCCACGCAUGGACGUCCUUUUGGAAGACGUACCUCGUAGUGCUGGCAUUCCUCUACAGGACAGAGGCUCCUCAGUGGGUUCAAGAACGGGUGCAGAAUAUGACCAGCGAAGGAUGCCGAGGCCUCCGCGGCAACAGCCAGGAUCCGAUAGUUCUACAGUAUGACUAUUGCGCAGGUUCUGCCGACUUCCGGGGCCUUGCGUGGCUGUGCCCGGAAAGCUGCGGCUGCGAAGUGAUAGACCCUGCACCGGAGUGGUGCCCUCGCACCUGCCAGGGCUGCGCUGAUGCUGAGGAUUGGCCGGUUCAGAACAUCCCCGGCAUAGGGCUCAUCGCCGACUGUUUGGAUGCCCGAGGUUAUGGCUUGUGUCAGGCCAUGCCCGUGGAAGCGCUGGCGUAUUGUGCCAAGACCUGCGGCUUGUGCCAUCUUCUGAACAACACGAACUCCACAAACUCCACGCGGCGGCUCGCGGGAAAGCCAUGAGCAGUGACCUGAGAGUCGGUGAUAUGGGCGCUAGUAGCGGAAGAUCUGCGAGAACUCAGCGAAGGCAUGAAGGCUUGGUCUUUCUGACUCCCGGCCCAUGCGCGCCAAGUGAGCCAGGGCAAGUCAUCACUUCAGCUGGAUCUAAGCGACCCACGAGACUUGCUUUUCCACAAGCUAACCGCAACCGGCUCAAGGCCCAAUGCGUGUGCACGUGUUCCCAAGGCUUAAUGUACCCUGCUUGCCA